AUGUCUAAACGAAAGAAAUUGCCGACAUUCCUGUCUGCCUCGAUCUCUCAACCAUCCGUGCCCGCUCAAGUGAGGUCGGUCAUCUUGAAGUCCAAGAAGAACGGCCGACUCAGUACAUCCGCGUCCAAUACCCCGUCAACCUGUCCGGAACAACUGGAGGCAGCGCCUCUGACCGAAACCGGGAGCAAUGUAGCGCACGAGGACUCUGAGCAGACCAGCAGCGGUACGGAUCCAUAUCAAUCGCGCAAGAAAGCACGCACAGGCAACCCGGAGCCGUCAACAAUCGGAAACCGCAUGCGUUCUUGGAUUCCAUAUCGCGAUGAAUAUCUAGGCAACAUCAUCGCACGCGAGGCCCUUUUGACCGAUCGGCCAGCACCGUCCGGUACCGGAGCUGCUACUCCGAUGGCGGACAACCCGGAACGACCGGAGCUAUCGUACUUGGCCCGGUUAUGGCCCAAGAUCCGACACAUGUGGGCUGGCGGAUGCUUUCAGUCGGUGUCCCUCCAAGACCUCGGACUCAAGGUGCAACUUGGGCACCCCGACGGCAAACCUUGCUGUAAUUCCGUUAAAGGACACGCGAACUUUCUGAUAUUCGACUCCGAGGAUACCACCUGGUGA